GGGGCGUGUUUGACGAGAGCUUCGUUUCGCUUGGAGUUGCUGGUCCAUUUCAUAGCCUCAGCAAUUAGCCACUAUCCUUUAAAACUGAGACAACAUGGCAACUGCGGCGAGUCGAUAUUAUAGCGAGGAGGGUAGGGCGACCAAAAGACAGAAAACCGACGGAAUGUCAACGGGCUAUGAAGACCCCCACAAGACCCUUCCAUCCAUAGUGGUGCACGUCCGAGGCCUGGUUGAUGGUGUUACGGAGUCGGACCUGAUGGAGGCCCUGCAAGAGUUUGGAACCAUCAGCUAUGUAGUGCUAAUGCCCAAGAAGCGUCAGGCGCUGGUAGAGUAUGAGGACAUGAACGGCUCAUCCACGGCGGUAACUUACGGCGCUGACAACCAGGUGUACAUCGCCAGCCACCCGGCCUUCAUCAACUACUCCACCAGCCAGAAGAUCUCUAGGCCAGGAGACUCUGAUGACUCGAGGAGCGUCAACAACAUACUGCUGCUCACCAUCAUGAACCCCAUCUACCCCAUCACCACGGAGGUACUCUACACCAUCUGCAACAACUGUGGCCCUGUUCACAGAAUUGUCAUCUUUAGGAAGAAUGGUGUGCAAGCCAUGGUGGAAUUUGACUCUGUGCAAAGCGCCCAGCGAGCCAAAGCAUCUCUCAACGGAGCCGACAUCUACUCUGGAUGCUGCACACUGAAGAUCGAAUACGCCAAGCCUACUCGGUUGAAUGUGUUCAAGAAUGAUCAGGACACUUGGGACUACACCAAUCCCAAUUUGGGUGGACCAGAUGGCGACCUGGAUGGCAAUGGGAGCAACGCAGACGACAUGGGUGCCAACCCCAACAAGCGUCAGCGCCAGCCUGCCCUCCUGGGCGACCACCCCCCGGAGUACAGUGGUUACCACGGCUAUGACGAGAGCUACGGCUCAUCGCCUUACGAGAGCCGCCGAAUGGGACCUCCGAUGAGGGCCCGCGGCAGUAGAAGCUACCAGCCCAACUACGGUCCCCCGCCACCACCUCCCGGCGAGUACGGGGCCCACGCAGACUCACCAGUGGUCAUGGUCUACGGACUGGAGCCUGAAAAGAUGAACGCCGACCGCGUGUUCAACAUAUUCUGUCUGUAUGGCAACGUGGAGCGGGUCAAGUUCAUGAAGAGCAAACCGGGUGCCGCCAUGGUGGAGAUGGGUGACUGCUACGCUGUGGACCGCGCCAUCACGCACCUCAACAGCAACUUCCUGUUUGCGCAGAAGCUGAACGUGUGCGUCUCCAAGCAGCAGGCCAUCGUGCCAGGCCAGUGCUAUGAGCUGGAGGACGGCUCCAGCAGCUUCAAGGACUUCCACGGUUCCAGGAACAACCGCUUCACGUCGCCCGAGCAGGCGGCGAAGAAUCGUAUACAGCACCCCAGCAACGUGCUGCACUUUUUCAACGCCCAGCCCGACGUGACCCCUGAGAUAUUCUCUCAGAUCUGUGAGGACAUCGGCGUCAAGUGCCCCGUCAACGUCAAAAUGUUCACAGGCAAGAGUGGCGGUGCUCCGAGCGACCGUAGCGCUUCCGGACUACUGGAGUGGGAAUCAAUCAAUGAUGCCAUGGAAGCUCUGGCCUUGAUGAACCACUACCAGAUGAAGAACGCAACCGGUCCGUACCCGUACACCCUCAAGCUGUGCUUCUCCACCGUUCAACACGGCAACUGCUGAAGACGCUUUGGGGUUUCAAGUUGGUAUGGUGCAGUUUCUGCGAGGGUGGAAAAUGUUUUAUUUAAGUGUCACAGUAACAAUACCGAGGUUUGAAGCUGUCUUCUUUUUGCUUUUGCUAUCUGCUCAUGGUGAGUUGAUUGAUUUUAGGGUUGACAGCGUUCUUUUCACAAUGGUGCAUUGGAGCUUUUAUUUUGACACUUUUGUUGAAUUUUUAUGUAGUAAUGUCAUAGUUUUGUUGUAAGAAAAUAAAACAAAUACUGAAAGUG